UUACGAACGAGAGCGGACGUGAAAAGUGGAAAAUCUUAAACUCGACCACCAGCCAGCAGUACAAAAGCAUAGCAGUUGGAAAAUUGUUCUUCUUCAGAAAUGGGAGCAUCAGUGGCAGUGAGGCAGUAGAGAUUGAAUUUUUUUUUGCUCUAGUGGAAUAAUUAGCUUGUCCAUUCUCUUCCUACUCCGAGUGGGCACGGCAGCCAGUUUUUGGGGGUCGGAGUGAGGAAGUGUGUACAAGUGAAGUGUAGUGAACUGUAGUGGCGCCUGAGCUUAGGCCGGAAAGGCGCGCGAUUUUCACUUCGGUUUCGUCGGUGGAUUUCUGCAAAAAGAAGCGUUCGGUGCGGGUGAGUUCCGGCCUCCGUUACUACUCAACGGGGUUUGCGUGAAGGAGAUGGAGCCGCGUGGUGGUUCUUCGCUUUGGCGGGAGCAAAACGGAAGAAACACUAAAAUGGUCAGCAGAUAAAUCAUUCUGUGAGGUCGUUUGCGUUCCCGAUGGUCAACAAUCAUCGUGCGCUUCGUUACUCUUCAAAGCAGAUUCUUCCAUCGGAUCGGUUUAAGUGCUUCAGUGGUACCGAAGAAGAAGAAAUUCCGCGUGUGCCACUCACUCACUACUGGUGUGCAAGUGUACAGAGAGCUCAUAUUAUUAGUAACGGUCCAGGAAUGUGAUAUAAAAUCGCGAAAUAGUACAUUUUUAUUCCUCACGUCAAACUUCAGAAACCAAUUGUCAAUUUGGCUAGCAGCAGAAGAGGAGGAAUAAAAAAACAAGAUUACGUAGAAAAACUGUUUGUCUGUGCUCCAAAAGUUGUCGUGUAAACUACGGUUCUACGGCCAUCGAGGGCCCAUUUACCUGCCACAUCCGGGAUUCGUCCAGCGUGUAGACACACGUACCUACCCGUUGGCAGUUGACAGCUGGCCUGAGCUGGCCUACCUGGUCGCAGUAGGCGAGGUGCCAAAUAGAACAGCAAAAAGGAAAAUGAAAAAAAUCGGUGAAAGUGAUAGGGCUGUGUCGUUCAAAAGGCUGUUAGAUAUUUGAAGAAACCAGUGAACAUCGGUGUUAGUGGGGAAAAUUGUAACGAGGUUUUCGCCACAAACAACCGUCGCAGUGCUUAGCAGCAAACCAACGCAGUCAUAACAGCCGGUAAUUGCUUCUGUGGUGUGCGUGAGUGAACGUGAAUUUUUCCGGCUGAUAGCGAAACAGUUUCAGGUGCGAAAUGUGGUCGGGGAAGGGCUUCCGGUAGGUGGUCGAUUGGGUCGCAUAACUCCAGUGUUCCAGUGGGGGUUGCGAAUACGGGUGUAAUCCGGGUAAGAAAAUCGGACCGUGUUAAUACGAAUUAAUUCAGAUGUUAAUAUAAAUUAGAUUCAUUAGAUGCCGGAUCCUUUUCGGUGCUCGUGUUAGGUGAAUUUGACUUGAUAGUGAGAAUAAUAACCCUCGUCAAGUGUGCAGUAUUUGUGCGACGGAAAACCAUCGGAUCGAACCGUUUUUUUGACCAUUUUGACGCGUGAAAACCGAAACGAAGGGAGCUACUGAUCCGAAGGUGGAAGCUGAUGAUGCUGGUGCCGAAUACCAAAUGAUGAUGAUGAUCAUCGGUCAUUGAGGCACAGAGCAUGUGGUAGAAACUAGCCGACCUGAUGUUUUAGACGGGUAAUUUCGGAACCGGAACAAAUCGACCCCACGAGAACCCGGCGGAAUGAUUAAUCAAAUGGGAAAAUGAAACAGGAUCCGACAUAAGCUCAUAGCAGACUUUUUAUCUACCGAAAAAAAUAAUAUACUUAUGCAAAGCAACGUUUGUCUUCACAUCGGCAUCGACAUCGACGUGACGAGCAGCAGCAGCAGCAGCAGUAGCAGUGCAGUUGCCGGACUUCAGGCUGUUGGUGAGCUGUCCUCUGGAGUGGGUGUGGAAUUGGUGUGAAUAAAAAAAAAUACACCAAACAAGUCAGUGAAGAGAAAGCACUCAACUGGAGGCGUUACGGCGUCAGUCGAGGUCCAUUGCUGCUCGCCGUGGACGGAAAGUUAAGUUCUCCGAAUGGGAAAACCAUCAUGAUAAUGACGCACCGGAUGAAGAAUUGAUUGUUUGUUUAACUCUGAACACUCACAUUCGGGUUUCCUAAAUAACAUGUAACACUUCGUUCUCACUGAAAAGUUUCACGCUACACUAGCAGAAAAACAAAGAUUCAACCCAAAUGUAAAUAACGAAAAACAGAGUAUUUUCAAUACGAUCCAAGUUAACAUAGAGUAGAGUUCACACGCACACAAGCACAAACACAAACAAAGAAAAAGCCCUUCAGGCUGCCAGUCCAAGUUUAUAUCGUUCGUUCGUAAAAGUGCAUCCCAAAAACUACCAUCUCAGACAAAUCAAGUUUUGAUUCUACUACGCUACCGAAUCGCGUGACGCGGGACUGCUCUAUGAGAACAACGGUUACUCAGCAUCCGCAAGUUUACCACCGCUCGAUGCUGACGGCAACCGAACGAAUGCUGAGCCAAAGUUCUAAAUGAAAGUGGUGAAGAAAAUGUGGGGCAAAACAACUCGAUGGAAAGCACAGCACUAAAGAGUAAACUGUUCGUAAAAAAUGAGCGAUCGGCUGCGCGCCGCACUUCGACCCCGGAUAGUAUGACCCUGCGGACGCGCGGUGGCGACGACUCCUCGGAUCCGAUGGCCGGCAGCGUAGGCCCGGCUGGUACUGGUGGAGGUACCGGAAGCAAAAAGGAUACCAAGAUAGAGAUUCCGCUACCAUCGCACAUGCAACCGUCGUCCGGGGAGAAAUUUGCCGAUAAACGCGUCAAGAGACACAGCAUCCACGGCAUGAUGGAGGAGGAAAAUGUGGUUCGACCGCACCAGGAGAUUGCGGCCUUAUCGCUGGAUGAGAAGAAAUUUCUGCUCGCGGUUGAACGUGGCGAUGUGGCCAGCACCCGACGCAUACUGGAAAAGGUCGAAGCCGAGGGACAUAUCAACAUUAACUGUGUCGAUCCGCUCGGUCGGUCCGCCCUGCUGAUGGCCAUCGACAACGAGAAUCUGGAGAUGGUGGAACUGCUCAUCAAUCAUCGGGUGGACACGAAGGACGCCCUGCUGCACGCUAUCUCGGAGGAGUUUGUCGAAGCGGUUGAGGUACUGCUGGACCACGAAGACAGCUGUCACAAAAAUGGGGAUCCGCAUAGCUGGGAAGCGCUCCAUCCGGACACGGCGACUUUCACGCCGGAUAUUACACCACUGAUUCUAGCCGCACACCGAGAUAACUACGAAAUCAUCAAAAUUCUGCUGGAUCGAGGUGCCACGUUGCCGAUGCCACACGAUGUUCGAUGCGGCUGUGAUGACUGCGUCACGUCACGCCAGGAAGAUUCCCUGCGGCAUUCUCGGUCUCGCAUUAAUGCGUACCGGGCCCUGGCAAGCCCGUCGCUGGUGGCCCUGUCAUCCAAGGAUCCCAUCCUGACGGCGUUCGAGCUGAGCUGGGAACUGCGCCGGUUGAGCUUCCUCGAACAUGAGUUUAAGAAUGAGUAUCAGGAGCUGAGGCGCCAGUGUCAGGAUUUCGCAACCGCUCUACUGGAUCACACCCGGUCCUCGCACGAACUGGAGGUGCUAUUAAACCAUGACCCGACCGGACCGGCAUUCGAGCACGGCGACCGAAUGCACCUAAACCGACUGAAGCUGGCGGUGAAACUGAGACAGAAGAAGUUCGUGUCCCAUCCCAACGUGCAGCAGCUGCUGGCCAGUAUCUGGUACGAAGGGCUUCCGGGUUUCCGAAGAAAAAAUAUGGCCUUGCAAGCGCUGGAGAUUGUGCGAAUCGGUAUCCUAUUUCCACUGUUCUCCUUUUCCUACAUCAUCGCACCGCACUCAACGUUUGGCCAGACUAUGAGGAAACCUUUUAUAAAGUUUAUUUGCCACAGUGCAUCGUAUUUUACCUUUUUAUUUCUGUUAAUGUUGGCUUCGCAGCGUAUCGAAACUGUGAUUGGUGGUGUGUGGGGAGCCGAACUUAGUACCCACGAUGAAGUGCCUACAAAGAGGGGAGCGAGUCCCACGCUGGUCGAGUGGCUCAUUCUGUCCUGGGUUAGCGGAUUGAUCUGGAGCGAAGUGAAGCAGCUGUGGGACGUCGGGCUGCAGGAAUACGUGAACGAUAUGUGGAAUGUGAUAGAUUUCGUGACCAACUCGUUGUAUGUGGCGACGGUGGCCCUGCGAGUUGUUUCCUAUUUCGAGGUACAAAAAGAAAUGGCCAUCAACAGGUUUGCUGCCGAUUUGCCCCGCGAAAAGUGGGACACCUGGGAUCCGAUGCUGAUUUCCGAGGGUUUGUUCAGUGCAGCAAACAUUUUCAGUUCGCUCAAGCUGGUGUACAUCUUCUCGGUCAAUCCGCACCUGGGGCCGCUCCAAGUGUCCCUGUCGCGGAUGGUGAUGGACAUCAUGAAGUUUUUCUUCCUUUACGUGCUGGUGCUGUUUGCCUUCAGCAGCGGUUUGAAUCAACUGCUUUGGUAUUAUGCCGAUCUGGAGAAAAAGCGAUGCCCGGAUGUAACAACGUUCUCCGGGUCGUCCAACCUAACAUCGACGGAUCCAAACGCUUGCGUAGUGUGGAGACGAUUCGCGAACCUGUUCGAAACGAUUCAAACGCUCUUCUGGGCGGUCUUCGGUUUGGUGGAUUUGGAAAACUUUGAACUGGAUGGAAUCAAGAUAUUCACCCGGUUCUGGGGAAUGCUGAUGUUCGGAACCUACUCGGUGAUCAACAUUGUGGUGCUACUCAAUCUGCUGAUCGCUAUGAUGAAUCAUUCCUAUCAGCUCAUAUCGGUAGACAACUUUGAACGUGCUGAUGUGGAGUGGAAAUUUGCUCGAUCGAAACUGUGGAUUAGCUAUUUCGAGGAAGGCGGAACCUGUCCCCCGCCUUUCAACAUUAUUCCGACACCGAAGUCAAUCUUCUACGUCUUCCAGUGGGUCAAGCGGAAAUUCUGUGGUCAUUCCAAAGCCGUAAAAAAGGAACACAUGAAAACAAUUCGACGGAAGGUGAAACAAGCCAGCGAACGGGACUUCCGCUAUCAGAGCAUUAUGCGAAAUCUAGUCCGGCGGUAUGUCACCGUAGAACAGCGUAAAGCCGAAUCGCAGGGUGUCACCGAGGACGACGUGAACGAGAUCAAACAGGACAUCUCUGCCUUUCGCUGUGAACUUGUGGAAAUUCUGAAGAACAGUGGAAUGAACACGACCAGUGCCACCGGUUCCGGGGGAGGCGUUGGGGGAAAGAAGAACCGUCAGAAGGAACGGCGACUGAUGAAAGGAUUCAACAUUGCACCACCGCCGGCACCAGAAUCGGGUCAGCAUCUAACACCAGUUUCCGAGUUCACCACGCAACUUCCGGACCAAUCGUCACACGAACUGUUUGCCGGAGUAUACGGGCCAGGUCUCACCACCAAGAAAGCCCUGCACCAAGUCAAUCCUAUGCACCAGUUUUCAUCACAGUCGCAAAGUUCCUUCGGUGAAAACAAUAAUCCCAUUCACAGACUUGCCAAACUAGCACCGAAGUUCCAUUCCAAAAGACCUGGCUCGCAGAAGAAACGAUGGGGUACCCUGAUUGAGGCAGCCAAGCAGGGAAGUGUGUCGCGGUUUAUUGGCCGGUCUCGGUCGGAGGAUUCUGUCUGUAAUCAUGGUCCGCGGGGUGAGUCUGCGAGUCACAGCAACAGUCCGGCAUCGGACGAAGCCAUCACCGAGUCACCGUCCGAUUCGAAUCCUAGUUUGGACCGGCCGGAUGUGGAUCCAUCGCCGGAUCCAGACAAGCGUCACCAUCAUCACCAUGGCAAUGACCGAUCGCACGGUUCGGGAAAAGCGAAAGAUUCUUCCUCGCACCAUUACCAUUUGCACUUCGGAGCACUGGCCGCCCUGAAGCGAAAGAGGAAAAAAUUCUCCAACAGUCGGAACAGCAGUCCGGUGUUGGAUCCACCCGCCUCCGAAGCGAAGGUCACGCAGAGCCCACGGGCUAAUGCCAACAGCAAGGUGUUGAAACGUGCUUCCAGUGUACCUUCGCGCAGUCCCGGUGACGAACCGGGUGUCGUUGGCGACAGCACGGGAAUCACUGCGGACGGUUCGACAGCGGACAACGGUAUUCCGGCGGUGAAGUCAUUACGACACGAGCAGACCCAGAGCCAGCAGAACUCCAUCGAAAAUCAACUGGACCCUCCGUUAACACCGUCGACAACGGAGGAAAGUGUGGACCACCCGGCAAACACACGAAUCAGCUACACGGAACCGUUGCUACGGAUACAGGGUAGAACGGCCGCCGGGGAUACGACUAUCGAACCGCAGCCAUCUUCAUACCGGAUUCCAGGAGUCACACCGGUUCGGGGGCACUUCCAGUCCCAGGGAUGGUUAUAGGAGCUGUGCGGCAGGACAGGGUUUUGUAUAUAUUGGAUGAUACGAGUAUGAAUAAUCUAGUCGUCGUUUUAUAGGGAAGGGUAACAAGCAAACUGCCAUCUUCAAAACAGGAUACACUCCCUGAACCAUACCAGAUAUGGGAAGGGAGAAUUUAAUCGGAUGUAAACUUAUCAAAAGCAAAAUUCUAAACCAAUCGGAAGAGCUACGACUCGGUGGUCACCAAUAAAAUAUAUCUUUUCGGUUAUUGUAAUUUUGUUAUGGAGGCCUGAAAACUGUUGUCGACAGAAACAGUAUGUUGUUAAACGACUAUUUGAAUGUGAUUAUUAGUUUAGAUAUUAUACAAAGAAACGGUACUCCUGAAAUACUUAAUCAAAAUGGGAAUUGUGCGCAACACACUUAAUUGAACGGGUGGAGCCGGUUCGGUGUUUACAAAAGACCGAACUAAAGCUACACUUCAUUCACCAAACUCUAUAUAGAAAAAGCCUAUCUAUAAACUAUGGAUUUUAGUCAAUCUUAGAUAUUUCAAUUACACUAGCAUGAAAAGAUUACUAUUUUAAGAACCAAAACACUAAGGGACCACGUCUCUUUGAAACAGAUAUAACAAAAACUUAGUGACUGUCGUUACAUUUGAAAAACCGAAAGAAAGAAAUUUAUGUUACAUCAACCAAAGAAAACAGUUUCGUAACAGUAACUGGCACUACGAUUUCAACUAAAAGCUUGACAAAAUGUAACAAAAUCAAGCCAUGUUCUAUGAUACAUAUAGCAUAUAUCACAAAGAACACACAUAAGUAAAAGUAUACCAACAUUUCAGAGCAGAGUUAACUAUUUCACACCAAAGCUACCGUAGAGCUCUCCCUUGUUAAAUAACACAUUCAAACAUUGAAAAUAUAACUGAUAUUUUAAAAGAAAAUAGCACAAAUCACUAGUGAAACCUAACAUAAACAAGAAAAGAAAUCAUGCGAAGAAAAACAAAGGAGGCCUUAUUACUGAUGAAGACAGUUGAUAAAUGUUAGCAAAGAAUUACUAUUUCUCGUUGAUGGCAUAGUAGGCUGCGCUCCUAGAGCAGCAGAAUAAACUGACGGGAGGAUCGUUUCUGUAAUGACAACACUGCACACAGUGGAACCUCCUGUAAUGAACUAAACUGUUUAGAAAGUACGUGAAAGUAAGUUUAUCGUGAUUGGCCGGAGACACUUUACCGUGCGUCUAGACAGAAUUGAAUUUGAUAAUAUUUAAGCAAACUGAAACGAAUGCCGUGUCGUACGGAUCAUCGAUUGAUAACUCGUAUGUCGUUUUCGCUGCAGAACCCUAAAACUGACCCAGAGUAAAACAAAAAAAACUUCAAAUAAACAAUUUAGAAUUGACAGUAGUUAGAAUAGAAACUGGGUUAGAAUCGGAUAUCGAGCGGAAUCGACAUAAGACAUCGCAAGCUAGAGGCAAACAUAUUUCAUCCUCCAACGAUGAACAACUAUGUGAAUAUUACUACUAGCGAAGAUUUCCAACAGACAGGUUUGUAGAGAUAACCGAAGAAAAAAAAAUUUUUUAGCACAGACACACUACAUUUAGGCGUCGUAAAUUCCAGUCAUUAGUUACGAAAAAUUAUAUGAAAUAUGGAAAUAAAAAGAGUGUGUGAUUCAAUGAAAAUAUGAUGUUUUCAAGAAACAAUUCAUAAAACAAUAAAACUGUAUGGAAUGGU